UGGGGACUGGGCCUUUUACUUCGAAAUUCUCGCGCAUGGUACAGUCAACUCUUUUAUAUUGACGGGGCUGGCGUUGCAAAUAUGCCUCCAAAGAAGGAUCAGAAGGGAUCAAAGACCCCAGCAAAAUCCCAAAAGCCAAAACCAUCUGGUGGUGGAAAAGCCAAAAAGAAGAAGUGGUCAAAAGGAAAGGUCCGAGACAAGUUGAACAACUUAGUUCUUUUCGAUAAAGCCACCUACGAGAAAUUGAACAAAGAAGUUCCAAGUUAUAAAUUAAUUACACCGUCCGUUGUUUCUGAAAGGCUGAAGGUCCGUGCCUCGCUUGCCCGUGCUGCUUUGAAAGAUUUACUGGCGAAGGGUCUCAUUAAAGAGGUAGAUCAUCACCAUGCUCAGCAAAUCUACACGAGAGCUACAAAAGAAGGUUAAACUUGUAAUGCUAGUGUAAUAAAAAAUAACAUAAAAUAAUUGGUAUUAUUUCUUUAUUAGUAUCAAAAAGAAAAGAUUUCGUAAACAAU